GGAGGGGACAACCUCGUGGUGGUCACCCAUGGGGACAUCAUUGUGGAGGGGACAGAAGAACCGGGUGUGACCAACGACCCCGGGGACACUUGGGGACACCUCAACGAGGUCCAUGAAGAUGCCACCACCGAGGUGGGACUUGUCACCACAUCCCCAGGAAGUGACAAGAUGAUGGUGGCCACUGACAGUGACGUCAUCGAGGAGGGGACAGACAAGCCCAGUGUGACCAACGACUCUGGGGACACUUGGGGACACCUCAACGAGGUCCAUGAAGGUGCCACCACCCCAGUGGGACCUGUCACCACGUCCCCAGGAGGUGACAAGGUGCUGGUGGCCCAUGGUGGGGACGUGGUUAUGGAGGGGACCAACCAGCCCGGUGUCACCAGUGACCCCAGUGACCCCAAGGGACACCUCAACGAGGUCCAUGAAGGUGCCACCACCCCGGUGGGACUUGUCACCCCACCCCAGGGAGGGGACAACCUCGUGGUGGUCACCCAUGGGGACGUCACUGUGGAGAGGAUAGAAGAACCAGGUGUCACCAGUGACCCCAGGGACACUUUGGGACACAUCAACGAGGUCCAUGAAGGUGCCACCACCCCCGUGGGACUUGUCACCACAUCCCCAGGAGGUGACAAGGUGCUGGUGGCCACCGGCAGUGACAUCAUUGAGGAGGGGACACCAGAACCGGGUGUCACCAACGACCCCAGGGACACUUUGGGACACGUCAAUGAGGUCUAUGGAGAUGCCACCACCCCGGUGGCCCCUGUCACAGUGUCCUCAACAGGUGACAAGCUCUUGGUGGCCGCCCCUGGGGAUGUGACAGAGGAGGGGACAGACCAGCCCAGUGUCACCGGUGACCCCAAGGACACCGAGGGACACCUCAACGAGGUCCCUGAAGGUGCCACCACCCCGGUUGGACUUGUCACCACGUCCCCAGGAAGUGACAAGGUGCUGGUGGCCACCGGCCGUGACGUCAUCGUGGAGGGGACCAACCAGCCCAGUGUCACCGGUGACCCCAAGGACACUUUGGGACACGUCAAUGAGGUCUAUGGAGAUGCCACCACCCCGGUGGGACUUGUCACCACGUCCCCAGGAG